AUGGAAUGCCAAGUUCUGCUCAGUUUUGGUUGCCUAUGGUUUCCAGCAAUCCAAAUCAGAUUACUCCUUGUUCACUUUGAUGGUGAUUUUGUGGCAUUUCUUCUAUACGUAGAUGAUAUGGUGAUUCGUGGCACUAGUGAGGCACUUAUCAAGAAGAUUAAAGAUCAUCUUCGGUCAUGUUUUAAACUCAAAGAUCUUGGCCCCAUGAAGUAUUUUCUUGGCCUUGAAAUUCAUAGAUCGAACACUGGCUUGAUGAUCAGUCAACGCAAGUAUACAUUGGAUCUCCUUCGAGAUUUUCAGUGUAUAGAUGUCAAACCUCUUGCCUCUCCUACUGAAUUGAAUGUACACCUUUCUGUUGAUGAUGGUUGUUUGCUUCCAGAUCCCAGCAUUUAUCGUUGUUUAAUUGGCCGGCUUACAUACCUCACAUUAAGUCGUCCUGAUGUGAGUUAUGUUGUACACAACUUAAGCCAAUCUUUACACUCUCCUACUGAUCAGCAUCUUCAUGCUGCUUACCGAGUUUUGCGAUAUUUGAAAGGAUGUCCCGGGCAAGGCAUUUUCUUUCUUUUGGCUCCAUCUUAUGAAUUACAGGCAUAUUGUAAUUUAGAUUGGGCUUCUUGCCCUGACUCUCGUCGAUCAGUAAGUGGAUUUUGUAUCACUCUAGGUGGUGCUCUAGUGUCAUGGAAAUCUAAGAAACAAGUUACUAUUUCUCGUUCUUCCGUUGAGGCCGAGUAUCGUGCCAUGACUAAUACUUGUAGCGAGCUUGUUUGGAUUUCUGCUUUGCUUCGGGAUCUCAAUUGUGUUCAUUCUCAGCCUAUCUCCUUAUAUUGUGAUUCUCAAGAUGCUAUUCACAUCGGUAACAACCCGGUCUUUCACGAGCGCACCAAGCAUAUUGAAAUCGACUGCCAUUUUGUGCGGGAGAAAGUUCAAUUUGGUUUGGUGCAACUUCGUCAUAUUGCCUCCACUGAGCAACCUAGUGAUUUCUUGACAAAACCUAUACCUGUUCGUCAAUUGCUUCAUUUGUUACGCAAGCUGAACGUUCCUGAUUCUUGA